AUGCGCUUCCUCGCUACGCCGGGUGAGAAGGAGUCAGCAGCUACCAAAGCUGCUCGGAAAAGAGCAUCGGUGUACCAUCCUGACACACAAUCGCGCAUGAGCUCUCUGAACCAACGCCGCAACUACUCUUUGCAGACCAGUUUCGACCUGCGGCCUGAAGAGUUCUGCAUGUUUAUGCGUUCCUGCAAAGGGUCAGAAACAUUGCACACAUAUAGUGCCACCGAAGGCUUCAGCCCCAGUAGCUGCUUCGUACAGACUCAAGCAGAGCUCUACGAUUGUUUCCCUGGCCUCGCCAAUGUUCCACUGGAAAGAUUUGUGAGGGGCAAGUUUCUGGCUCUGCACGUGCCUAUCGUGCUUCAUUCGAAGAAUCUCGUCGGCGAUACAGAGUUGGCCAUUCGUUGGGUCUUCAAGGCUCAUGCUCGCAAUCCUCCUGUUUCUGUCAGCAGUCGUACCAGAUUGUACCUCAAUGGUCGGCCUAUGUACUGCGAUAGAGCAGGUAACCGCCAGUUCUACGACAACCAAAGCUACGAGUUGACCGAAGAUAUGCACCAAGACUGGCUCAAUUUCACCAAAGAGUACGAAGCAGCUGAAGUCGCUGACAACAAUGAUGCCCUUCUUGAGGUUGACUCUAAUGGUCACUAUAAUCAAGGCGGUGGCAUGAUUCAGUACUAUGUUCCUUUUUCCAGCACCUUUUGGGCCCGCUACCUCUAUCAUGUAGUGUUACUCCAGAGACAGGCUACUGACCUCGAAGACCGUCCUUUGCAGCAAGACGAGACUGCAGAGGAUCGCCACAAUCAGCUUUCUAAGAAAUUCUUGGAGGUCUCUUCGGCUCUGGGCGAGCUGACGGCAGUCCAAGAGAUCAUCGCAAGAACAGAGCUUGGCGAGCCUCAGGUAGUCAUGACUGUCCACUUCUCAUUCUCACAUGCGGCGAGCAAGGAAUCUGCAGUGACGACAUGGCAGUAUCUUGACAUGGCAAGUGCGUUUGACGAUGCGAUUCCCUUGUCUGCAGGAGGUGUGAGCCAUAUCUCGCAAUCUGCUAGCGAUAGUCAGGAAAGUGCUCUCAGCGUCCAAGACGCCUACGGUGGAGGAAGCCACGACUAUGCUGGCUUUGGCUUAUCUGCCAUGAAUGGCGGGCAUCAUUAUCCUGAUCCUUCCCACAAGAGUGCAAAUGGACUGGCCUCUCCUAUCGACUUGCACGAUACACAAGCAACAGCGGGCUAUAACACUUCCUGGCUGCUGCCCACCUCAACAUCCGACCUUGAUCACCUUGCUUCCACCGUCCUCGACCCUCUCUUACCGCAUACGAGUCAAUUGAACCUUCAACAGCAUAACUUGCACGAUGUCAACUCCUUCGACUUCAGCAACGGCAACAUCUCAAUCUCCCUCGACAGCUCAGCCUUAUCGCCUCAUCAACCUCUUCCCCAGUCCUCCGCUACCUUUUCCUCUGCCAUCGAUGCUCUAGACCUCGACCUUGCAGCGACCGAUCCUCUUCUACUACAACCGUCACGCACCACGACACCCUGGCUCCAAAGCUCCAACGCAAAACCCACCGACUUUGCCGCCCUUUUCAGCCAACCACACUCUCCCGCUACCGCCGCAUUCCCUGAUUACAGCAAUGGCAACGGCGCAGAUCUAGCCGAUCACCUCGCUGCCGCAGCUGGAGGCCUAACCGACACUUUCGACGUCAACUCCCUGCCAAACUCAUUUCCACUAUCCGCCCAUCAAGCCUUCGCCGGUGCUGGAAACGGGACUUUAGACAUUGAUGCCACUUCCCGCCAACACAGUUUCUCCACCGUACCAGAAGACACCGAAACCACUCUAACCGCCCACUUUUCACCUCCCACACAUCAAGGCUUUGGUUUCGCCAAAGCAGACUUUUCCCAACAUCAUGAUGGGUUUGCCAUUCCUCAACAGCAUGACUCUGCAAGACAAGACUCUUUUGCUAGCACCCAUACUGAUGCUUUUGGCGGUGGCACCGAUACGCAUGAUUUUGCGCAUUCUUUUGAUGUUGGGGCCGCGGAUACUGGGUUUGAUAUUAGUGAUUUGAGGGGCGGGUCGCAGAGUCAGAGUCAAAGUCAGGGUCAUAGGGAGACUUGGGGUGGUGCUGGUUUCUGA